AAGUAUGGCAACUCGAUAAAAUUCCCAGCUCUAGCGAGCAAGCCGGUUCGCAUUUUGGAUCAUAAUAAAUAUAAAGUUAUUGAAAAUAGAAAUGAAGCAAAGGGAUUUGAAACGAGCUUAUAACAAUGUGUUGGCCCAAACCUUCUCUACUUCCCGUCGGCAUCUAUUUGCCGGCAAUCUGUUUGGCGAUAUAUUUGUGCUCAGCCUCAAGGAGUUGUACAAUGAAGAACCACCCGGGCAACUGAAACUAUUUCCUCAAGGCGACAAAGUUGAUGUCAAUUGUUUGGCAUUUUACAAAGAUUUUCUGAUUGUGGGAUCGGUGGGCCUCGUUUACGGAUUGAAAUGGAAUGAGGAAACAGAAGUUUUGGACUCAAAACGUGCCUGGGAGGUUAAGAUACCCAUACAAGUGGAUGCCGUUGAAGUGCCCGAUGUGAAUUCUUUUUGGUUAUGCCAGAAUACCAAUUCCCUAUAUGCUGGCUGCGGAGACUGCACGAUAUAUCAAAUUACACUAGAAGAUGGACGAAUUCUACGGGAUUUCUCUGGACACACGGAUUACAUACACUGUGUGGUGGGUAAUUCUUCGAGUGGAUGCAUUUACACGGGAUCAGAGGAUGGCACAGUGCGCAUUUGGAGUCACAAACAAAAGGAACAAGUCAGUCAAAUAGAACCGCAUAGGAAAUGCGACCUAACGCGAACAGAUUGUGGUAAAUGGAUUGGCGCUGUCGACGUAAAUGACGAAUGGUUAUUAUGCGGCGGUGGUCCAUAUCCAUCUAUUUGGCAUUUACGUUCCCUAAGAAGUCCGCAGGACUUUGGAUUUCCUGCUCGAGUGCAUGUAUGUAAUUUUGUUGAUGACUCCGUCCUUAUUGCUGGCGAACAUGAUCAUAUUGAGUCGUAUACAAUAAACGGCAUCCUUCAAGCCAAUAUUCCUGUGGAACACACCGCCUGCUAUUCGGCAAUUUGGCAAACAGAGCCUUUCAAAUUUAUGUCCGUUGCCGGAUUUAGUAACAAAUUGCAUAUACUAAAAGACUUUCGAUUCCUCGAUAGCAAAAUUACACUCUAUGGCAAUGUAGAGAACGAAAAAGAGGAAAUUGAGGACAAUAAAAUCUAUUAUUAAGAGCUUUAUACUAUAGGUUUUUAUCAUACUUAAUUACUUUUGUUAUGACAACAAUCUCCAUAAUAAACAAUGCUAUUUCGGUAAGAUAA